AUGUCAAGCUCCUUCGAAAAGUCCGUCAAGGGCGCAACAAAAGUGAAGAAUGCUCCACCAAAGACGAAAUAUAUCGAGCACAUCCUCGUCGCUACCCAUUCCGGCGAAGCUGGCGUCGGCGAGGUCUUUCGCGCUCUUACAUACCGCCUGCGCGAUUCAACAUGGACUGUAGUCUUCAAAAGUUUAAUUACUGUUCAUCUCAUGAUCAGAGAGGGAUCUCCUGAUGUUACGCUCGGUUUUCUUUCGACACACCGCAAUGUGCUGGCAAUAAGCAGUUUUACAGACGCUCAAAUUCAAGGACGCAAUAUUCGACACUAUGCUCACUACCUAGCUGAGCGAGCCCGCGCAUACGAAAAGACGAAGACCGAUUGGGUGCGCGCUUCCGAGUCAAGGCUUGAGAAGCUCUCUGUUGAGAAAGGCUUGUUGCGAGAGACGGAGGUUGUACAGGCACAGCUCGAGGCGUUGUUGAAAUGCGACGUAAUGGAGAACGAGCCAGAGAAUGAAAUUACUAUAACUGUUUUCCGACUGCUUGUCUUGGAUCUGUUGGCGCUAUUCCAGGUUCUCAACCAAGGCCUGAUUAGCAUUCUUGGCAACUUCUUUGAGAUGUCCAAGGUGGAUGCCGAACGUGCUAUGGCCAUUUAUCGGAAAUUCACGAAGCAAACCGAUUACGUCGUCCAAUACCUCAGCGUAGCUCGACAGCACGAACACCACACUAGAGUCGAAGUGCCUAAACUCAAGCAUGCCCCUGUUAACCUUGGACGCCAGCUUGAGGAAUAUCUUCAUGAUCCCGAUUUCGAGGUGCACCGACGACAAUAUCUGGCCGAGCAGGACGUAAAGAAGGUCGGAGGUGGUUCAAGCUCGAAGCAAGGAGGUCUCAGCAAGAAGAAGAGUGUCGACUUUCCCGAACCAGCCUCCAACAACCCCUUUCCCAAGAUCACCUCCUCUACCACUGGCAACAAGGCACCCGAAUCGAAACCUCAAGCCAACAAGGGUCCCGAUCCAGAUCUGAUCGACUUUUUCGAUUCAAUCGAGCAGAACCAGACACCGAUGAGCGUAAACCCUCAGCCUCAAGCGUUCCAGCAGCAGCCGACUGGCAUGCCGUUCCAACAGAACGGCUUCGCCCCCCAGCCUACGGGGUUCGCAUCCAACAGCCCGUUUCAACAACAGCCGCAGCAAACAGGAGGAUUUAUGCAACCGCAGCAACCGCCCCAGAUCCAGCUGCAGCCAGACUUCACAGGCGCUGGUUUCGGAGGAUUUACGCCUCAACCGCAAGCCUAUCAGCAAAGCUCACUUGCGCCAAUUCCUCAAGACUCGAUGGCCAACUUCUCCAACGCGGUUCCUCAGGGAGUCCAACAGCCUGUUCAAAAUGGACAGCCUCAGGGGCUUCAACCGAUGCAGACAGGGAGCACCAACCCUUUCCGCCAGUCUAUGCUCAUGGCCCAGCAAACAGGCCUGCCAUCAUCUGCUACAACACCAGCUCUCAACCGCCAAUCCACAAACCCCUUUGCUCGAUCAUCACCUCAGCAAAACUCCUCGCCUUUCGCGCAAGCUUCAAACUCACCAUUCCAAGCACCAUCUCCUCAACAGCAAGCAGCUCCUAUACAGCCCACACCAACCGGCACAAACCCCUUUGCUCGCAACUCUAUGAUGCCUGCGCCAACCCAAGAGCAACGACCGCAGACGGCCGGUGCUGCUCUCGCUCCCCAACCCACCGGCACAACCAACCCCUUCCGAAACGGCGCCUUUGUCAACCACAACACUGGCAUGGGCUGGCAAAGCAACCAGCAGCCCAUCGGAGGUGGCCUCGACCAGAUUCCAACAGUACCUGUAUUCCCGCGUCCGGCUCAGCAGACACCUUGGCAGCAGCAAUAA